GAGCCACUCACCAAGGUCGACUCCGCCGUCCAAGGCCUCUCUUCUUCACCCCCCAAGGAGACCAAGCACAGGCGGGCAAGCUCCAGCGCCAAUGGCGUGAUGAACAUCAAUGACCUGGAGGCCCAAGGCAUCGACUUGGAAAUUGCCAAGGAGACCCAAAAGCUGAACUGGAAGAUCAACACGUCGACUUCAACAGUAGAUGACAAGGAGUACCUCAAGAAGCUACUUACAACACCACCAGUCAAGAAGAUUGACCUACAUUUCCCUCUGGGGCUGGAAGUAACAGCGCGGAACCUCAAGGGCGUCACGAUCAAGGACGCAUUGGAUGCCAUCCACAAGCAGUUUAAGAAGAGGGCCGAUGACGAGCUAGAUCUACCAUACCUAGCGGGCUUCGAGUGGGACAAGGAGGAGUCGUGGACUCGGCUGGUGGUGCACCUGCAAAAGGAUGCUGGCCCCCAACAGAUGAGCAAGAAGAAGAAGAAGGGCGCCGCCGCCGAA